AUGGCCGCCGCCCUUCCCUCAACCUCGGCUUCAUCCUCACACACCUUCCCCCCACCUCCUUCUCACCAUCCCCCCUCCGCCUCCUCCUCGUCCGUACCACGCAACUCGCGCACAAUCCUCUCCGACACGACCUCCCAGUCCUUCGGAAACCCCAACUCGCUCCCCGGUCCUCCGCCAUCACACUUCUUCCCCUCGAUUCCCAAGGCUCAGCGGGACAGGGCCAGGCAGGCAAGGUUGGAUGCGGCUGCGGCGGCUGCGGCGGAGGCGGCGGCAGCGAGUCCGAGCCCUCCUCCGCCUGCUGUACCCGCCAAAGACGGCAUCACCUCGCGAGCGGGAGGAGCGGGCAGCGGCUCAUCAGACGACGAGCGACAACAGCGCCAAGCUCGUGCUGAACUCGCCUCGUCCGGACCGUUCGAUAACCGUCGACCGUCUGUUGUUGGAUCGGGGGUUGGAACGGGCGGGAGCGCGGGAACGAAGAGGCGGUUCAGGGAUGUCGAGAGGACGAGUUGGGAUGCUGCGAGUGAGCUUGUGCGCAUCGAGCGGGAGAGGGAGAAGGAGAGGAUGGCGCGUGGCGCUGGCGUCGAAGGUGGGAAGGGCAAGGAGGUGAUGCGGGACGAGGAAGACAGGGAGAAGACCCCGACGCCGAGUAUGGCCCAGUCCGUCUCUUUCGCCGACCGCUCCCAACCACGCGGAACCGCCUCAACAUCCGUCUCACCCGAUCCUCCCGAACCCGCCUCCGCCAAGCGCUUCUCGAUCGCCUCGCUCGUAUCGGACGAUGCGGACGCAGAUGGGGACGAAGCGAUGGUGCUGGACGAUGAUGCGAGUGUCGUGACCGGCGCGACGGGGACGUCGGCGAACGGUGAAGGAGGGCAGAGUGAUGGAUCGGCGAAGGAGCCGGCAAAGAAGAGGAGCAGGACGUUGACGACGCCGGCGCAGACGGCGGUGCUGAAUGCGCUGCUGGCGAAGACGCGCUUCCCCUCGACCGAAGUCCGCGAGGAGGUCGGACGGCAAAUCGGCAUGUCUGCGCGGCGCGUCCAAGUGUGGUUCCAGAACCGGCGGCAGUCGCAAAAGCGGCAACGGGAUCGUGAAGCGCAAGAAGCAGCGGCAGCUUCGGCAGCAGCAGCUUCGGCGAUGUCUGCGGGCGUUCAUCCGUCGAUGCACCACCCCGGCUAUCCUCCGCUACAUCCGCACGCCUACCCGCCCGGCGCGUACGGCGGGCCUAUACCAGUCUACGCCGGCAUGCAAGGCGGCAAGCCUUUCCCGCCUCACCCCGGCGCAGUCUACCCAGGCCGCCCCGACCUGCACCGAAACGCUUCGAUGGACUCGCUCGGCAGCCAGCAGAGCUACGCCUCGUCCCGCCUCAGUAUGGGCAGCAGUUACCAAAUGCCAAGCGCACUGCACAGCCGAGACUCGCUUGCGCCUUUGCCGUCCGAACAGCGGUUCUCGAACCCUUACGCUGGAGGCGCGCCGCCAUACACCUUCGGACGAUCGCCUCAUCCCGCAUACGGUCCGACCGGACUGCCCGUCCCGCCCCCUCAACUCGCCUAUCCCCCGCAUCCUGGCGCACCCGCGCCGAUCACGACGAAACUCUACUUCCCGCAUGUCCCGCGCUCGCAUGCUCCGCCUGGCAGGAUUCAGGCGGAUCCGCUCGCGAGCGCUGGCGCGCCGGACGUCAAGCUUCCUUCGCUGUCGUCCGUCCUUGGCGCAGGUCCCGCCGCCCCUCAACCCGCUCAGCAACCUCCUCCCGCCCAUCCUCCCUCGUCAGCGCCCGUCGACCACCAACCCAUGUUCAGCCACUCACCUUUCUCGCCCACUCCCACGCACGCGAGCGUGACAUCGCCCGUCUCGGCACCUUUUCCGAACCCAUCCUUUCAGCGCGCCGUUUUCUCGCCCGAGCCGUCAUCCUCCUUCGAGCGCCUCCGUAUCUCGACUGGACCGCUCUCUCCUACGUCGGUCGCGACGCCCACACCCUUCUCGCCCGCUUCGACUGUGCCAACCCCCUCGACUGCUGCGACGACUCCAGUCGCACCGGCUCGUCCAGGCUCGACCGACAUUCUCGACGUCGCGAUGGAGACAAUGGCGUACCGUUCCUCAGGCCGCUCGUUACCGCCUCGGCAGACUCUCCCGCCUCUGCGGUCGGUCUUUGGUGAUGCGCCUAUCGCGACGCGGGGAGGAAAGAAGGGUGGGCCGAGUGAGGCGGACAAGGCGCUGCUCACGCCUAUCAGGGCCGACUCUGCGGCUGCCCCGGCAGCGGUGGGACCUCCUCGACUUCCGCCGAUUCAGUCUCUCGCCCCAGUUGCGCUCGGCUUGCCCACCACUUCUUCCUCCGGUUCGUCCUCCGCCUCGCCACCCGCGACAACCUCCCGCCCCGCCAUCCGCGACUCCCGCGCCUCGACAUGGUCCGAAGCUUCUCACGUGACGCGCUCGUCCGCCGCCUCGUUCGAGUUUGGGAAACCUCCGGCGGGGUCGUAUCGCGCUUCGACGAGCAUUGAGAGGGAUGUGGUGGCGGAGAAACAGAGGGGGAGGGAAGCGAGAGGUGAGAGUGUCGAGACGGAGGAGACGAGCGCGAGUGCGGCAGAGGUUGGGAUGGCCAAGUAG